GGCCACGGGUUUAGUUUGUUGGUGAUACGGGAAAGGGGGACUUUAGUUCUUGAAAGUGAAUCAGACUGCCUUGGAAGACAAGAUGACUACCGCUGCAGAGAGGAAAUAUGUGAACAUUAGGAAGAGAUUGGAUCAGUUGGGCUAUCGCCAGACUCUGACCGUGGAAUGCUUACCUUUGGUAGAAAAACUUUUCAGUGACCUGGUUCAUACCACAGAGAGCCUUCGGAAAUCAAAAUUAUCUGCUGUGAAAGCUGAGAAAGAAAGUGCCAAUUUUGAUUUUAUCUUGGAACCUUACAAAGUUGAAAAUUCGAAAUUGUGCAGGGAGAACAAUGACUUAUACCUGGAAUUAAUGAAACUGAGGGAGCAGUCAGACCAGCAAAUUAAAGAGUUGAAAACUGCACUGAAGAAGAGUACCCGAGAAACAGAUGAUCUGAAAUUUCUAAACAACCAAUAUGUCCACAAACUCAAGCUUUCGGAGAAAGAGAGCAAGGCUAAGAAUGAGAAAAUACAGCUGCUUCAAGAAAAGAAUUUGCAAGCAGUAGUACAAACUCCAGGUGGCAAGAAAAGAAGCAUUGCCUUCAGGCGCCAGCGUAUGCAAAUCGAUGAACCGGUUCCUCCCUCUGAAGUCACAUCAUACCCAGUCCCUCAGCCAGAUGACCCUUAUAUUGCAGACCUCCUGCAGGUGGCUGAUAACAGGAUUCAAGAACUUCAACAGGAAGUCUGUCAGUUACAAGAAAAGUUAGCAGCCAUGGAAAAUGGAGUGAGAGACUAUAACAAGCAGAUUGAGCUGAGAGAACAAGAGAUCGAACGACUGUCAAUGGCUUUGGAUGGCGGCCGCUGCCCUGAUGUCCUCACUCUGGAGAGUAGAAAUAAAACCAACGAGAAGCUUAUUGCUCAUUUAAAUGUUCAGGUCGACUUCCUUCAGCAAGCUAACAAAGACCUGGAGAAGCACAUACAGGAGCUUAUGGAAACUAAGGAAACGGUCGCUACUGAAGUGGUUCAUUUAAGUAACAAAAAUGAAGAACUCUGCCAAGAAUUAACCGAAAUAGACCAGCUAGCACAGCAGUUGGAAAGACACAAAGAAGAAGUGCUUGAGACGGCGGAUAAAGAAAUUGGGGAAGCCAAGAAAGAGAUUAAAAGAAAACUCUGUGAAAUGCGAGACCUUGAAGAGGCAAUGUCAAAACUUCAACUGGAAUUAGACUUAUGCCAUAAAGAGAAGGAGAGGCUGAAUGAAGAACUCCUCAUGAAAGCAGAUCUUGAAACUGUCGUUUGCCAGCUUGAACAAGAAAAUCAAAGACUUGCCAAAAAAGUUGAAAGUUUUGCAGAUAUAGAAAGAGAUCUUACUUUGGAAGUUGAGAGGAUGCGUCUAGAGCAUGGAAUAAAACGCCGAGACCGGUCGCCUUCUCGUCUAGAUACGUUUCUGAAAGGCUUAGAAGAAGAACGAGAUUAUUAUAAGAAAGAGCUAGAAAGACUCCAACAUAUUGUACGGCGAAAAUCUAGCUCUACAAAUUACUUUUCACGUGAAAAACUUCAAAUUUUAAAAACACAAGAGAAGGGUGAUUACAACUCAGAAAUUUGUAUGAUCACAAGAGAAAGAGAUGAACUUCACUACAUGCUAGAAAGAUUUGAAAAACACAUGGAGGAAAUACAGUGCAACGUUAAAUUAUUGACAGCUGAGCGAGAUAAACUAAGCGUGUUAUACAAUCAGACUCAGGAAGAACUAUGCGUGCUGAGACAGGAAUCCGCCCGGCCCACAGUCUCCCCUAAUCUCCUGAGCCUUAUGGAGCAUGAAAAAGAACAUGCGCUAGCUGAUUUAAGAAGAAUUGUGGUAGAAAAGGAAGCUUUAAGAGAAAAGUUAAAUAAGUUCCAGGAAAAGAGUCUUCUGGGGAAAUCAGAGUUAGAGCAUGCUAUUGAACAUUUGAAAUGUGUUAAUCAUCAGCUUGAAAAUGAAAACUGUGACUUAAAGUCUAAAAUACUAACAAUGAACGAAACAAUAGAGGCACUAGAGAACAAAUUAAAAUUCCAAACUCAGAAACUUGACCAUGCUGCUGAUGACUCAUGUCACCAGAAAACAGAGAUGAACUCACUGAGGAUGGUCACUGAACAGCUGCAGCGGUCACUUGAUGAUUGCCAACAACGACUUAUCAUGAAGAGAGGUGAACUGGAGGCAGCCCAAUUAGAAAUUGCAGCGCUAGAAGAUAAGAUAGAUAAACUAAAUCUUAGAGUGACUUCACAGGACCAGGAAAUAAAUGCAAUGAAAAAGACCAUUGGUGCUAUUGAUAAAGAAAAGGACCUUCUGCAGGAGACUGUAGAUGAGAAGACAGAGAAGAUUGCAAACUUGGAAGAAAACUUAGCUAAUAAAGAAAAAACUAUUGCGCAUAUGAAGGUAACAAUGGCAGAGUAUGACUCAUCCAUGAAGCACCUAAAGGAAACAUUAACUAAUCGAGACCGGGAGAUUGGCAGUCUCCGGCGCCAACUUGAUGCAGCCCACAAAGAACUUGAAGACGUGGGACAUGCUAGAGACGUAGCUGUGAAGGAAAACAGGAGAUUGCAGGAUGAUCUGGCUACCAUGGCAAGAGAAAAUCAGGAAAUCUCACUAGAAUUGGAAGCAGCGGUGCAAGAAAAAGAAGACAUGAAGAGUCGAGUUCACAAUUACAUAACUGAGGUGUCCCGGUGGGAGAGCUUAAUGGCUGCUAAGGAACAAGAAAAUCAAGAUUUGUUGGGGAGAUUUCAGAUGCUUCAUAACCGUGCUGAAGACUGGGAGGUAAAAGCCCAUCAAGCUGAGGGAGAAAACAGCUCAGUUCGCCUCGAACUUCUUUCAAUUGACACAGAGAGGAGACACCUCAGAGAGAGAGUGGACCUGCUAGAAAAGGAAAUUCAGGAGCACAUAAGUGCGCAUCAUGCCUAUGAAUCGCAGAUCUCGUCAAUGGCAAAAGGCAUGUCUAGAUUGGAAGAGGACCUUAGAAACCAAGAAGAGGAGAAGGCGGUAGCAUUAAACGAUUUAGCAUCUCUCAGAGAACUUUGCAUUAAACUGGAUUCAGGCAAGGAUAUUAUGACCCAACAAUUGAAUUCCAAAAACCUUGAGUUUGAAAGGCUUGUAGUGGAAUUAGAAAAUGCAAAAUCAGAAGCAGACCUAUUUAAAAAGCAAUUAACAAGCGAGAGACAUACCAUUAAAAACCUGGAAUCUUUAUUGGCCACAAACAGAGACAAAGAAUUCCAUUCUCAUCUGUGCUCCCAUGAGAAGGACACGGAAAUUCAGUUACUCAAGGAGAAGUUAACCCUUUCAGAAAGCAAAUUGAAUUGCCAAAGCCGGGAAAACAGCAUGCUUCGGACUAAGUUGGCCCAGUUACACAUGGAUUACGAUUCUAUAAAAAGACAGAUUUCAACAGAAAGAUAUGAGCGAGAACGAGCAAUCCAAGAGAUGCGUCGACAUGGUCUUCCUACACCACCCCUUAGUUCUACUCUGAGGUCUCCUUCAUGUUCUCCUGAACUUACAGACUUAUAAUUAACAGAAAGUCACCAGCCUCCCUUUCCAGAGUAACUGCGGUCAGGAAGCUGGCUCUGGAUUUUUUAAAGGACAGAACAGUAAUGGAAAGGUUUGAAGUACUUGUUCCUGAAAAUCAUGAACAUUGGCAAAAAUUCUACCUCUGUCAACUUUCUUAAAUCAGUGAAUAUUUAUGUAAAAAAAAAAGAAAGAAAGUUUGGUUGGAAAGAACUUAAUAUCCAUGUGUAUAUUUUCAUGUUCAUUCUAGUACAAAAUAUGUGUUAAUAGUGAUACUUGAUGUGAUAUAUAUAUAUUUAUUCCUGACAUAAAUUACUCCAAGUGUGUUUAUACUGUGAAUUAAUAUAAUGUAUUAUUCCUAUUAUGCUUUAAUAACUUGUUUCUUAAUGAGCCAUGAUAUAUGUAUAAAAUAUUUUCACAAUUCUUUAUAAAGUGCGUUGGUUGUCAUGACUGUUUAUAACCCAUGUCUUCAGCACGUUCCUGGAGCAUCAUCAUCUUUGAUGCUCAUCCAUCAUGCUUAACUUUUUAUUUUAAGGUUUACUGUCUGUCAUGGGGGGGAGGGGGGAUAUAUUCGGGCUUCGUCUUAUAAUAAGAGUGGCAAACGCCUUGGAGAAUAGUGAUUACCACGUACAAUUGAUGACUGUGAUGGGAAAGGUACACUUAUGUCCUGUAUACAGUUGUUUUGACUGUCCCAUAGAGAGGAUCCUUCACGUAAUACACAUUCUAUUAAAGUCAAGCUAGAAACUCUAUUCAGAGUUUUUUAGAGCAACAGAACAGAAUUUGGUAGUAUUUUCCCAGUAAAUAAAAUUCUCCAGUGUAUUAAUCUAAAAUUUCAGAAUUAAAUGUAUGUAGGGUAGGUAAAAUAUUUUGUUAAAAGUCAUUCAAUAAUAUACAAUAAUAACUUUUUCCUUCUGAACCUAUACACUGUAAUUUAUCAUUCAUCCAGAAUCAUAUAUAAAUGCUGGAUGUUGGCAUAGAAAUAGAAAACACCUUUUAACAAUUAACUCACAAAGUUGUGAUUUUCAAUAAUUUAUAAGUGUGUGUGUAUACACAUACACUAAUGAAAGAAGUGCUAAGUAGAAUAUCAAAUUCUGAAAUAAUUUCAUUGUUUCUGAGCCAUACACAUUCCAUACACAUUUGAAGGAAAUCCUGUCCUUAAAAAAUUUCUUUAUGAAAAACUAACAUUGGAAUGUGGAAAAGUCAAAAUAAUUAUUUUGAUACAUUUUGUUGCCUCCUGUGUUUUAAUGAAGUGUGUGUGUGUGUGUGUGUGUACUCUCCCUAAAGCCGCUGUGCUUUGUAUGUUUGUAUUUGGCUUUUGCAGUAAGUCAGAGUGAAAACUGGGUGUCGUGUGGCUUUUCUGUUACCUUGUCAUUUGAUGUACCCCAUCUCCUUGGUGUGAAUUCAUGUGUUAUAGCAAAAUAUAAGAUAUGAUUGUUUGCAGUGUCACAUGGAAAAUCUUUAGUAAAUAUGUAAAUAAAAAUAAUUAUCUGUUCC